AUGAAGUCCAAGCACUUGCCGAGUGACGAUGGACCGUUUGGAAUUACACCCCGUCGUUUUCAACCGCGUUCUUACGAAGGUUACCUUUUUCGGCGGAAAGGAAUGAAGUUUCUGAUUGUUGUGGUGCUUGUCUGUGUUGUUCUCUUUUUCCAUCAAUCCCUGCCUUUCUCUCUCUCGAUGUUCUCGUUUGCACCAGCUCUAAAUUCCGCGUUUUCCUCGUCUUCUGCCGCCUCUUCCGCUGCUGCAGGUGUUUCCUCAAAUGUUCACGAGUACGACAUGGGCGAGACUUACCGCCGUUCGCUCGGAAUUAACGGACAAGGCCGUGUUUUGUUUUGUGUACCCUUGCGGAAUGCCGAAAGUCACAUGAAGAUGUUUUUUGGUCACUUACAGAACCUUACUUACCCCCAUCGACUCAUUGACCUCGCUUUUCUCGUUUCUGACUCGGAUGACAAUACUCUCAAGGUCCUUCAGAAGCAUCUGGUUGAAGCACAGGGCCAUCCCGAUGAGUCAAUGCGCUUCGGUGAGAUUACGAUCCUCUUGAAAGACUUUGGUGCAGUCAUCGGUCAGGAUUUCAGUGACCGUCAUGGUUUCGCCGCUCAAGGCCCCCGUCGUAAGCUGAUGGCCCGUGCCCGAAACUGGCUGCUUACUGCCACAUUGAAACCCUACCAUUCUUGGGUUUACUGGAGAGAUGCUGAUGUUGAAACAGCUCCAGCGACCAUCUUGGAGGACUUGAUGCGUCAUAACAAGGAUGUUAUCGUUCCUAACGUGUGGCGUCCACUUCCCGACUGGCUCGGAAAUGAACAGCCAUACGAUUUGAAUUCGUGGCAAGAGUCUGAUGUUGCUUUGCAACUUGCUGCUACACUUGGUGAGGACGACGUUAUCGUCGAAGGUUACGAAGAAUAUGCCACGUGGCGUCCUCACUUGGCGUACUUGCGUGACGAGUACGGUGACCCUUCUGAUGAAAUGCCCUUGGACGGUAUUGGAGGUGUGUCUAUUUUGGCCAAAUCCUACGUAUUCUUCAGUGGUUGUCACUUCCCAGCAUUUUCGUUUGAGCGACACGCUGAAACGGAAGGUUUCGGUAAAAUGGCUCGCAAGAUGGGCUAUUCAGUGGUUGGUCUGCCUCACUAUGUGAUUUGGCACAUAUACGAACCUAGUGAUGACGAUCUUCGGCAUAUGGCCGAAAUGGAGCGUCAGGAGCAGGAGGCGAGAGAGCGUGAACGCGCUGCUCAAGCUGCUGCUGAUAAAACUAAGGGCAUUGUUGGCAGUGACGAUGGCUCUGACGAGCAUGGUUCUGAGCAAGGACCUCUGGCUCACAUUAACGAUGAGGGAUCUAAUGGAAACAACGCACAUAAAGCUUAG